AUGUGGGUUAUGUGUGACCGUGAAACGCUUCCAAAACACCUCCAGGAGAUCCCAUCCUCCAGCAGCAAUGUCUCCACCAGCUUCACCUGGGACUGGGACUCCAGCAAGACCUCUGAGUUUCUCUCGGGCAUGGGAGUGUCUGUCCUUAAGAAGGACAAGCUGGGCAAUGAAAACACGCCGCAGGACCUGCUGGUGUCAUCACCCUGUCCUCCUCAGAAACGGCAGAAGGUGAAAGAGAAGGAAAGGGACUUUGUCAUUGUGCGCCGGCCUCGGCUGCUUCGAGAGGCGGAGUCAGGUGUUUCUUGGGAUGCACUUCCAGACGAAUUGCUUUUGGCAAUCUUUGCAUAUUUGCCCCUAAAUGACUUGCUAAAAGUUUCCCUGAUUUGCAAGAGAUGGCAUCGUCUUUCGUUUGAUGAAUCUCUCUGGCAGACUCUCGAUCUGACUGGUAGAAAUCUGUUGCCAGGAGUGAUUGGACAGUUGCUGCCUGCAGGUGUUACUGUAUUCCGCUGCCCAAGAUCUUGUAUUGGGAAUCCGUUGUUUAAAACAAGCAAACCUCUCAGAGUUCAGCAUAUGGAUUUGUCGAACUGCACAGUGUCUGUUGCAGAUCUCCAGAGUAUUCUUUGUCUGUGUGAAAGGCUGCAGAACCUCAGCUUGGAGGGACUAGUGCUUUCUGACGACAUCAUCAAGAGCAUUGCUAAGAAUCUCGGUUUGAUGCGACUAAAUCUCUGUGGGUGCUCAGGGUUUUCUGCAGAAGCCUUGGAGCUGAUGUUGAGCAGCUGUUCUAUGUUGGAGGAGCUGAACUUGUCCUGGUGUGACUUCACAGCCACCCAUGUCAAAGCAGCAGUCAAUCAUGUUACUUCAAAAGUAACCCAAUUAAAUUUAAGUGGAUAUAGACAGAAUCUACAAAUACCAGAUGUUAAAACACUGGUGGAAAGGUGUCCUUUUCUCGUCCAUUUAGAUCUAAGUGACAGUGUGAUGUUGAAGCCUGAGUGCUUCCAGUAUUUUCAUCAACUCAUCUUUCUACAACAUCUGUGUCUUAGCCGAUGUUACCAGAUAUCACCUGCUGCCUUAGUAGAACUUGGUAAAAUUCCAACAUUAAAGACUCUUCAGGUGUUUGGAAUAGUGACUGAUAGCUCCCUACAGCUCCUCAAGGAAACGCUUCCUGACAUGAAGAUCAAUUGUUCACACUUCACAAGUAUCGCAAGGCCAACUGUUGGCAGCAAAAAGAAUCAUGAGAUUUGGGGCAUCAAAUGCAGAUUGACGCUGAGAAAUCCUAGUGGCUUAUGAUCAUGUACAAUGCACUGGAUGUGAUGGACACACUGUGUGUAGUGAAGCUCCUUAAGAAGCAGAGUGCUGGAGCACCUUUAAUCAUAGUACUGUUAUUGUAAAAAGCAUUCUAACUUGGUCUUAUGCCUUAAUGUAAUGUCAUAAAUGUUUACAGUAUUUUUUGUACUUAAAGCCUUUAGAAAUCUGAUGAUCUGGGAGCAAUUACAGAAUUUUUCUUCGUCUUUUUCACAGGGGAUGUUUUUUAAAAAAAAUACUAUGAAACAAUCAUUGUAAUUAAACAAGGUCAGCCCCUAGCAACUGUUGCAGGUUCUGAUGCAGCUUUUGUUGCUCUAAGAUGUUCUAAAGGUGCUUUUGGUUAACUCUUCCAGCUCUACAACUCCUGAAACGGCUUGUAGAGGUGCUAGAUGUCUUAAUAAGGCUUAUUAAGGAAUUGUCUUCGUCUGAGUUUGCAGAACUCAAAAUGAAUAAUGGUAUUAAACCUAUUCAAAUCCUUAAUUGAACAAGAUGUACAGUAAGAUAAGAAGCUACCCACUGUUUGUGAGAGGGACAGAGGACUGAGUCUGAAUUCACCAAACCUGAAAACAGUAAAUAGGGGAAGGGAUGUCUACAGAAAAAUAGCUGAGACAGCUCGAUACUGUACAAGUUAAGGAGCAGUAUAAAGGAGCUACAGUGAAGUUUUUGUUUAGCAGGCCACAAAGGUAACAUCUGCUUUUAAUAUUCUUCACUGUUAGCAAAAUAUAGUCUGAAAAGCCCAUUCAGAAUAAGCAUCUGUAAAAGUAGGUGCUGGUUAUCAUUUCAUGUUGUGGUGCUAGGUUUUCUGAUUAAGUAUUACAGAACCUUAAUGUAGCUUCUGUGAACUUGAUCUCAGAUGAAACUUCUUAAAAAUGUUCUCUUACUUCCUUUAAAGAUUAGGAUCUUUCAACUGCAACUGAUAAAUUGGCAGAAAUCCUGCAGGGGGAGGGCUCAAAUGGUUCUAGAUCUCAGACCAAAAACAAAACAUGGGACUGCAGUGUAAGAGUGCUGAAAGGAAGAGAUGCUUUGGUGCUAUUAAAAGACAUCAAUUUCUCUUUUAUAAUAGCUUAUGCUUGUAGUAUGAUUUCAAUUCUUGUCUCUGUAACACUAACCACUACUGUCUAGUGUUGGUUUUUUAAAGUCAUAUGAAAAGCUGAGUAACUGCCAAAAAAACCCCCCAAAAAACCUAAGGAUAGGGACAGGUAAUGACUUU